AUGGGCUUUGCGAGACAGAUCCAGCUUUUGCUCUGGAAGAACUGGACCCUGCGGAAGAGACAAAAGAUGCGCUUUGUGGUGGAACUCAUGUGGCCCCUGUCUUUAUUUCUGGUAUUGAUCUGGCUAAGGAAUGUCAAUCCCCUCUACAGCCAACAUGAAUGCCAUUUUCCCAACAAGGCGAUGCCCUCAGCAGGAAUGCUGCCAUGGCUCCAGGGCAUUUUCUGCAAUGUGAACAAUCCUUGUUUUCAAAGUCCCACCCCGGGAGAGUCUCCUGAAAUUGUGUCCAACUAUAACAACUCCAUCUUGGCAAGGGUAUAUCAAGAUUUUCAAAAACUCGCAAAUGCCCCAGAGAGCCAGCACCUUGGCCGCAUAUGGACAGAAGUUCGGACAUUGUCCCAACUCACGCACAUCCUCUGGACUCACCCAGAGAGGAUUACAGGAAGAGGAAUACGAAUCCAGGAUAUCCUCAAAAAUGAAGAAACACUGACACUCUUUCUCACGAAAAGCAUUGGCCUCUCUGACUCGGUUGUCCACCUUCUGGUCACCUCUCAAGUCCGUCCAGAACAGUUUGCUCAUGGGGUCCCGGACCUGCUGCUCAAGGACAUUGCCUGCAGUGAGGCCCUCCUAGGGCGCUUCCUGAUCUUUAGCCAGCGACGUGGGGCUAGGACGGUGCGUGAAGCCCUGUGCCCGCUCUCUCAGGGCACCCUACAGUGGAUGGAAGACACCCUGUAUGCCAGUGUGGACGUCUUCAAGCUCUUCCGUGUGUUUCCCACUCUGCUAGACAGAAAUUCUCCAGGUAUUGAUUUGAGAUCCUGGGGAAGAAUAUUAUUGGAUCUGUCAUCAAGAAUUCAAGAGUUUAUCCAUAGGCCAAGCGUUCAGGACUUGCUGUGGGUGACCAGGCCCCUCAUGCAGAAGAAUGGUCCAGUGACCCUCAUGGAGUUGGGGGGCAUCCUGUCUGAUCUCUUCUGUGGCUAUCCAGAGGGAGGCGGCUCCCGGGUGCUCUCCUUCAACUGGUAUGAAGACAAUAACUAUAAGGCCUUCCUGGGGAUUGACUCUACAAAGAAAGGUCCCAGCUACUCCUAUGAUAAAAGAACAAUGACCUUUUGUAACUCAUUGAUCCAAAGCCUUGAGUCAAAUCCUUUAACCAAAAUAGCAUGGAGGGCAGCAAAGCCUUUGCUGAUGGGAAAAAUCCUCUUCACUCCAGACUGCCCUGCAGCGCGCAGGAUACUCAAGCAUGCCAACUCAACAUUUGAAGAGGUGGCACGCUUGAGAAAGCUGGUCAAAGCCUGGGAAGAAGUGGGACCCCAGAUCUGGUCCUUCUUGGACAAGAGUGUACAGAUGGCCAUGAUCAAAGACACUCUGCAGAACCCAGCAGUGAAAGACUUUUUGAAUAGGCAUGUUGGUGAAGGUUUUCCUGCCAAAGCCAUACUGAAUUUCCUAUAUAACGGUCCCCAACAGAAGCAGGUUGAUGGCAUGGCCAACUUUGACUGGAGGGACGUAUUUAACAUCAGUGACCGUGCUCUACGCCUGGUGAGCCAAUACCUGGAGUGUUUGGUCCUGGACAAGUUUGAAAGCUAUGAUGAUGAAAUUCAGCUCACCCAACGAGCCCUUUCUCUGCUGGAGGAAAACAGAUUCUGGGCUGGUGUGGUAUUCCCUGACAUGCAGCCCUGGACCAGCUCCCUACCGCCCCAUGUGAAGUACAAGAUCCGGAUGGACAUAGAUGUGGUGGAGAAAACUAAUAAGAUCAAAGACAGGUAUUGGGAUCCUGGUCCCAGAGCUGAUCCUGUGGAAGAUUUGCGAUACAUCUGGGGAGGCUUUGCCUAUCUGCAGGACAUGGUGGAACAGGGGAUCACCAGGAGUCAGGUGGAGGCUGAGGUCCCCAUUGGAAUCUAUCUCCAGCAGAUGCCUUAUCCCUGCUUCGUGGAUGACUCUUUUAUGAUCAUCCUGAACCGCUGUUUCCCUAUCUUCAUGGUGCUGUCUUGGAUCUACUCUGUCUCCAUGACUGUUAAGAGCAUCGUCUUAGAGAAAGAGUUAAGGCUGAAAGAAACCUUGAAAAAUCAGGGUGUCUCCAAUGUGGUGAUUUGGUGUACCUGGUUUCUGGACAGCUUCUCCAUUAUGACAAUGAGCAUCUUCCUCCUGACAAUAUUCAUUAUGCAUGGGAGAAUCCUCCACUACAGCAACCCGCUCAUCGUCUUCCUGUUCCUGUUGGCUUUCUCCACUGCGACGAUCAUGCAGGGCUUCCUGCUCAGCACCUUCUUCUCCAGGGCCAGCCUGGCAGCAUCCUGCAGUGGCAUCAUCUACUUGACACUUUACCUGCCCCACGUCCUCUGCUUCGCCUGGCAGGAACACAUGACGGGCAACCUGAAGAUGGCUGUGAACCUGCUGUCUCCUGUGGCAUUUGGCUUUGGCACUGAGUACCUGGUUCGCUUCGAGGAGCAAGGCCUGGGCCUGCAGUGGGACAAUAUUGGGAACAGCCCCAUGGAAGGGGAUGAGUUCAGUUUCCUGAUGUCCAUGCAGAUGAUGCUCCUUGAUGCAGCUCUGUAUGGUCUUCUUGCCUGGUACCUGGAUCAGGUGUUUCCAGGGGACUAUGGAAUCCCACUUCCUUGGUACUUCCUUCUGCAAGAGUCCUACUGGCUUGGUGGUGAAGGGUGUUCAACCAGAGAAGAAAGUGCUCUGGAAAAGACUGAACCAGUAACAGAGGAGAUGGAGGAGGACCCAGAACACCCACAGGGAAGAAAUGACUCCUUCUUUGAGCGUGAGCUCCCAGGCUCCAGUCCCGGGAUAUGUGUAAAGAAUCUAGUAAAGACUUUUGAGCCCUACGGCAGGCCAGCUGUGGACCACCUUAACAUCACUUUCUACGAGAACCAAAUCACCGCAUUCCUCGGUCACAAUGGAGCAGGGAAAACUACCACUCUGUCCAUCCUGACGGGCCUGUUGCCACCAACGUCAGGGACUGUGCUCAUCGGGGGAAAGGACAUCGAAACCAGCUUGGGUGCCAUCCGGCCGCGCCUUGGCAUGUGUCCACAGCACAACGUCCUGUUCCAACACCUCACCGUGGCUGAACACAUCGUGUUCUAUGCGCAGCUGAAAGGCAAGUCCUGGCAGGCGGCGCAGCUGGAGAUGGAAGCCAUGUUGGAGAACGCAGGCCUCCAUCAUGCAAGGAAUGAAGAGGCCCAGAAUCUGUCAGGGGGCAUGCAGAGGAAACUGUCUGUCGUCACUGCCUUCGUGGGAGACUCCAAAGUGGUGAUUCUGGAUGAGCCCACUGCCGGGGUGGACCCCUACUCGAGACGCUCAAUCUGGGACCUGCUGCUGAAGUAUCGCCCAGGCAGGACUAUCAUCAUGUCCACCCACCACCUGGACGAGGCCGACCUCCUCGGGGACCGCAUUGCCAUCAUUUCCCAGGGCAGGCUCCGCUGCUCCGGCACCCCGCUCUUCCUGAAGAACUGCUUCGGCACAGGCUUCUACCUAACCUUGGUGCGCAAGAUGAAAAUCAUCCAGAGUCAAAGAAGAGGCUGUGAGGGGAGCUGCAGCUGUGCAUCGAAGGGUUUCUCCAUCCGAUGUCCAGUCUGUAUGGACACGAUAGCUGCAGAACAAGUCUUGGAUGGGGAUGUGAAUGAGCUGGUGGAUCUAGUUCGCCAUCACGUUCCAGAGGCAAAACUAGUAGAAUGCAUUGGCCAAGAACUUAUCUUCCUUCUUCCAAAUAAGAAUUUCAAGCAGAGAGCAUAUGCUAGUCUUUUCAGAGAGCUGGAGGAGAUGCUGGCUGACCUAGGGCUCAGCAGUUUUGGAAUUUCUGACACUCCCUUGGAAGAGAUUUUUCUGAAGGUCACAGAGGAUUCUGACUUGGGGCCUCUCUUUGCUGGCCAAACUGAGCAGAAAAAAGAAAACGUCAGCUUCCGGCACUGUGGUUUGGAUUCCUUGGAGAAAUCCGGCCAGACUCCCCCAAGCUCGAGCAACUGCCCCGUGGAGCCAGCUCCUGUCCCUGAGGCCCGGCCCUCCCCAGGGCCGCCGGAGCAGUGCCCGCGCAGGACCGGGGCCCGACUGGUCCUCCAGCACGUGCAGGCGCUGCUGGUCAAGCGUCUCCAGCACUCCGCGCGCAGCCACCGGGACUUCCUGGCCCAGAUUGUGCUCCCAGCCACCUUUGUGUGUUUGGCUCUGACACUUUCCAGCGUCAUCCCUCCUUUUGGUGAAUAUCCCGCGCUGACCCUCCACCCCUGGAUGUAUGGACAGCAGUAUACCUUCUUCAGCAUGGACCAGCCAGGCAAUGUGCAGCUGACAGCAUUCGCAGAUGUCCUCCUCGAUCCGCCAGGCUUCAACAACCACUGCCUGAAGGAAGAGUGGCCUCCGGAGGGCCCCUGCAGCGACUCAGCCACCUGGAAGAUCCCCUCGGUGUCCCCACAUGUCACCCACCUGUUCCAGAAGCAGCAAUGGACAGCAGACAACCCGUCACCUUCCUGCAGGUGCAGCACCAGAGAGAGGCUCACCAUGCUCCCCGAGUGCCCUGAGGGGGCCGGAGGGCUCCCACCUCCCCAGAGAAUACAGCGCAGUUCUGAAAUCCUGCAAGACCUUACCAACAGGAACAUCUCCGACUUCUUGGUGAAAACAUAUCCUGCUCUUAUAAGAAACAGCUUAAGAAGCAAAUUCUGGGUCAAUGAACAGAGACUCAGCCCCUUCCUGAGGCAUCCUGACUCAAGUGGUCCCAAAGAUUUGGGGUCUCCAGGGAACGCUCCAUGUAAGCUGGCCUCCUGGGCCUCCCGGGAAUGGGGCCCCAUGACCAGAGAGGCGGCCAGAGAAAUGUCUACUUUCCUUAAGCACCUAGAAACUGAAGACAACAUUAAGGUGUGGUUUAACAACAAAGGCUGGCAUGCCCUGGUCAGCUUUCUCAACGUAGCCCACAACGCCAUCUUGCGGGCCAGCCUGCGCCAGGACAGGAGCCCCGAGGAGUUCGGCAUCACCGCCAUCAGCCAGCCCCUGAACCUGACCAAGGAGCAGCUCUCAGAAAUCACAGUGUUGACCACUUCGGUGGAUGCUGUGGUUGCCAUCUGUGUGGUUUUCGCCAUGUCUUUCGUCCCAGCCAGCUUUGUCCUUUAUCUGAUCCAGGAGAGGGUCAACAAAGCCAAGCACCUCCAGUUUGUCAGUGGAGUCAGCCCCUCGACCUACUGGCUGAGCAACUUUCUCUGGGAUAUGAUGAACUAUGCUGUGAGCGCCGCCCUGGUGGUGGGUAUCUUCAUCGCGUUUCAGAAGAAUGCCUACACUUCUCCAGACCACCUUCCUGCCCUCAUAGCUCUGCUGGUGCUGUAUGGGUGGGCAGUCACCCCCAUGAUGUACCCCGCAUCCUUCCUGUUUGAUGUCCCCAGCACAGCCUACGUAGCCUUGUCUUGUGCUAAUCUCUUCAUUGGCAUCAACAGCAGUGCCCUCACCUUCAUCUUGGAAUUAUUUGAGAACGAUCAGACCCUGCUCAGGUUAAACUCCGGACUGAGGAAGUUGCUCAUCAUCUUCCCCCACUUCUGCCUGGGCCGGGGCCUCAUCGACCUGGCCCUGAGUCACGCUGUGACAGAUGUCUAUGCCCGGUUUGGUGAGGAGCAUUCUUCAAAUCCAUUCCAGUGGGACCUGAUCGGGAAGAACCUGGUAGCCAUGGCGGCCGAAGGGGUGGUGUACUUCCUCCUCACGCUCCUCCUCCAGCACCACAGCUUCCGCACUGGUCGGAUUGCAAAGCCCACUGAUGGACCAGCCGUAGACGAAGAUGAUGAUGUGGCUGAAGAAAGACAAAGAAUUACUAGUGGGGGGAAUAAAACUGAUAUCUUAAGUAUAAAUGAACUGACCAAGAUUUAUUCUGGAACCUCCAACCCAGCGGUGGACCGGCUAUGUGUGGGGGUCCGCCCUGGAGAGUGCUUCGGCCUCCUGGGAGUGAAUGGAGCUGGAAAGACAACCUUACUGAAGAUGCUCACCGGAGACACCACCGUGACCUCAGGCGAUGCCACUGUAGCAGGCAAGAGUAUUUUAAUGAACAUCUCUGAGGUUCAUCAAAGUAUGGGCUACUGUCCUCAGUUUGAUGCAAUUGAUGACCUACUCACAGGACGUGAACACCUCUUCCUGUAUGCCCGACUCCGAGGUACACCACCAGAGGAAAUAGAGAGGGUAAGAAAUUUUGGUCUCCAACACUGAAUGGAAUCAAGACUCUCAGAUAAAUUCAUUGGUACCUAGGCUGGGGGCUCCUAGCGGAUGCUCAGUGAGUGUGUGCUAACCACACCCCUGCCCCCACAGGAUGAGCCCACCACUGGCAUGGACCCCCAGGCCCGCCGCAUGCUGUGGAACACCAUCGUGAGCGUCAUCAGAGAAGGGAGGGCUGUGGUCCUCACGUCCCACAGCAUGGAAGAAUGUGAGGCCCUGUGUACCCGGCUGGCCAUCAUGGUCAAGGGUGCCUUUCAGUGUCUGGGCACCACCCAGCACCUCAAGUACAAGUUUGGAGAUGGCUACAUCGUCACAAUGAAAAUCAAAUCCCCGAAGGAUGACCUGCUUCCAGACCUGAACCCGGUGGAGCAGUUCUUCCAGGGGAACUUCCCGGGCAGCGUGCCGAGGGAGAGGCACCACAACAUGCUGCAGUUCCAGGUCUCCGCCUCCUCCCUGGCCAGGGUCUUCCAUCUGCUCGUCUCCCACAAGGACAGCCUGCUCAUCGAGGAGUGCUCAGUCACACAGACCACACUGGACCAGGUUUUUGUGAACUUUGCUAAACAGCAGGCUGAGAUUCAUGACCGCCCUUUGCACCCCCGAGCUGCGGGAGCCAGCCGACAGGCCCAGGAACCAGUUCUAUAGGAAGAGGCCAAGGAAUUCUCUCAAGGAUGAACUACAUCAUGACUUCUGAACUUUCUUUCUUG